AUGGGCAAUCGAGCAUCUCAAACAUUCACAAGUGUGUUGAAUAUACAAAAACACACUAAGAAAGUACACCACAAAAAGAUCUCGACAUUCAAUAACAAGAAUAUAAAACCCCAUAAUUUAUAUCAAGUGGACAAAGUAUGUGUAAGUGAUAAAGAUGAAUGUGUGCCAGAAGAUAUUUCAUUACUUGCAUUCCUUAUCUCAAAAUCAGUCAAACAAAAUAUUAAAAUGUUAUAUGACAGUGCACUCGCUGGGUUUGAAGGAAGAGACUUGGUGUCUUCUAUUCAAUACAAUUCGCACCUUCUAUUUAUUAUAGAAAGUGACAAAGACUUCUUUGGGUUUUAUCAAAGAGACACAUUUGACCCUCAAAUGAAUAUAAAGUCCAAUAUGAGACAAGCCAAUGCUAAGUCGGAAGAGGUAUUACUCUUCUCUUUAAAUAAAACCACAAACAAAGACAUCGUUCCUUUGUUCUUUAAAAAAAAUUGUGUCACAAAACACUCGUUUUCUGUGUAUGACAACUACCACAAUUUGUUUAUGAAUUGUUCAGGGGCAUUUUGGAUUGAAAAUAAUGGGACGGUCUUUUUCAAUACUAGUUUACCAAAGUGUUUUGAUGUCUCAUCUUCAAACAGAAAUUCAAUAUACUCCAACAAUUCAAUGAAGUGUAAAUUGAAGAUCAAUAGAUUUUGUGUUGUAACUUGUUUGUAA